CCCCCUCCAGUAGCCAAUGAUUAUUAUCCUCAUCAUACAACACCACCACAAGAAGACUAUCAUGAUCCUCAAGGACAGUCUUUAGAUGCUUACUUGAGACAAGAAAGAGAAGAAUAUCUAAGACACCAAACGGAAGAACCGAGACCUACUGUGAUACCUUUAGAUUCAUACAAGAACGAACAAGAAGAAGAAGCACCCAUGGUAGAGAAACACGAAUAUCUCGGCAGAAAGGAAAGAAAACGAUUAAAGAAACAACAAGCAAUCGAAGCACAGUAUGAACCUCAUUUGGCUCGACCCACUUAUGCACCUCUGAAUGAAGCUGAAACGUAUCGUUAUCGACCUCAAGAAGACCGAGGCAGAUCCCCUUGUUGCUGUUGUUAUAAUCCUGCUAUUACCUGUUGUUCGUUCUUUAUGUUGCUUGUGAGUUGUGCUUUCUUGGCGGCCGGUGUGGCUAUGAUGAUUGGCUCAAAAGUAGUGCAGGAUAAAUGUAAUAAUGAAUGCACCAAUGUGUCAGAUUCGAUUGCCAAUGCAUGUUCGACUGUUUGUAACAAGGUGCUUCAUGAUGGUUUACUUUAUGGUGGUGCUGUCGUGGCUGGAUUAGCUGGUAUUGCCAUCAUUUGGAAAAUAGUCAUGUGGACGUGUGCAGGUUAUUCUCAACGAAGAUAAUAAAGUGCAGGGUCCAAUUUCAAUCUGAAUUUUAAAAUAAGCGUAGCAGUUAAAAAGUAUCUAUGCUGGAAACUAUAUAUCAUUGUCUAUAUUUAUAGUUCUUACACAAAACCAAUCAGAGAAAUAAACUUGAAUAUUUCAGGUACGCAAUAAAAAUUAAAAAAAAA